ACUCCGGUGAGAUCAUGGCAGCAGAGGGACAGAAAGUGGUGCUGAUCACCGGCUGCUCGUCCGGUAUCGGGCUCGCGAUCGCCGUGAUGCUCGCCAGGGACGAGAUGAAGCGCUACUACGUCAUAGGUACCAUGCGGGAUCUGAAGCGGAAGGAUAAGUUGGUUGAAGCAGCGGGAUACGCAUACGGUAAAACUCUGUCUCUGCUUGCACUGGACGUCUGCAGUGAUGAAUCUGUCAAACAGUGUGUGGACAGCAUCAAAGAUAGACAUAUAGACAUACUGAUUAAUAAUGCUGGUGUGGGUCUGGUGGGGCCGGUUGAGGCUCUCAGUCUGGACGACAUGAAGCAGGUGUUCGAGACCAAUUUCUUUGGCGUUGUUCGCAUGAUUAAAGAAGUGAUGCCCGACAUGAAGAAGAGACACUCUGGACACAUCAUUGUCAUCAGCAGCGUGCUGGGCCUGCAUGGUGUGGCGUUCAAUGACGUUUACUCCGCGUCAAAGUUUGCCACGGAGGGAUUGUGCGAGGGACUCGCCAUCCAGCUCAUGAAGUUUAACGUCAAUGUGUCGAUGAUCGAGCCUGGGCCUGUAAACACUGAGUUUGAGCUGAAGCUGAUGACAGAAGUUUCUAAGAAAGAGUACGUCGGUGCUGAUCCAGAGACACUCGAUCACUUCAGGACCUGCUACCUGCCCACACAAGUCAACCUCUUUCAAGGCCUGGGACAAACACCUGAAGACAUCGCCAAGGUCACUAAGAAGGUGAUUGAGUCAAAACGGCCUCCGUUCCGUAACCUGACGAAUCCUCUGUACACUCCAAUCGUGGCGCUGAAGUACGCGGACGACACGCGCAGCCUGUCUGUUCACACCUUCUAUCACAUGCUGUAUAACCUGGGAGGAGUCAUGCAUGUUAGCGUGAGAAUCAUGAAGUUCCUGAGCUUCGAAUGGUUACGGAGACGAGCCAUAUCACCAACCUAACACACACACACUGUCUCUCUUUCAUGCACACUACAAAAAAAAAAUCUGUCAGAAUAAAUUCUAGAUGCACAAAUAUUCUGUUACAGACAUAUUGAUUCUCUUUGGAACUCAAACCUUUUAGAGUAAAAGCCUUAUAUGUGAUGUCAAAACACUAGUUUCAGAUUGUAUAUAAUGCAUUGUAUGAAUGUAGAUUCAUGAAUGAAUCUAAUCAGUGAUGUGAAUGUUAUCUGAGUGAGAGUCUCAGAUGCUGCUGUGUCGCUCCUGUCAUAUAAAGCUGUUGUGCUGCUGGAGACAUAAUAAAGCAGAAAACACAACCAUUUCAGAAGAAGAUGCUGAUGAAGAUUUUCUAGUGAUCAAGCAGCAGAUUGAAGCUCUGAAGCUCCUGAAAGACUGGAAUUACAGUCAGAUCAACUGUGUUCAGCAGCGAUACUGUGAGUGUUUGUACACUAUUCAUUUAGUGAACUCAGUGUUAAAUCAGCGCAGACACAAAA